AAAUUAUCAACCGUAUAAUCAAAGACUUAUGUUGUAGCAACUGACUUCAACAAUGAAUGAUGUGGAGGAAAGAAUGAAUGGAUAAAUGCAAAAUGUGUUUUCAAGUGAAACUUCUUGUUAGUUGAUUUCUUACUCGUUGAAUCUAAUUAUGGUACAGUGUAACACUAUAUCAACCGGUUUUCGUGGUCAUACUGUUUGUUUGAUAGAUUCAUUUCGAUCAGCUUUAAAAACUUAAAAAAACAUUACGUUGGUGUUAUCUUAUAAUGAUGAAUUCAUCAAUAUGAAAAAAAGCGAUCGAGUUUCCUCUGCAGUUCAUAUACCGAACGAUUCACACGAUGAUUCUAGCCCACAAUCAUCGCAUAGUCGAGAGAUUUUAUCACCUUACCGAAAUUCUUCUGCUUUUCGAGAGGAGUUGAACUUAAAACUUAAGAAUCGUCCUGGUCAUGAUCUGCCGCCUAAAGUUCCUGCAGUUAAUAAAUCUACCGGGAGUUCAGACAGCCUUAUUUCGAAUGACUCUUCAUCUCCAACUCAAAAAAGUUCAAACAGUCCUCAUUCUUCUAAUCAUAAUACUCGUUUAUCUGUACUAACAACACCUAAUACCCAUGAAUCUGUCAAUUUAACUCCUUCAUCAGUUGGUGCUUCAGAUUUAAUUAGUUUACAGCAUAGAUUAGCCGUCAGUAGAUCUCGUAAUCGACGUCCACCAUCAAAAACUGUUGACCGACAGUUGAACAACACUGAUGUUGAAUUUAUCUCCUUCUUUUCCCCUUCAUCAACUGAUGUGCUUAAUGAUUCUUCAUUAAUUCCAACUCCUAAUCCUCAUUUAAGUCUUAUUAGCGAAGAAGGUGAACAUGGACAGCAAAUCAGUGAGAAAUCUGACACUGAUACAUUAUACAUAGAUGUGACAAAUGUUUCAGAUGUAAACAAUACUGAUGGAUCAACACAUGGCAAUUUGAAUGCAAGUCAACCUAAUUCUCCAGUAGUAACAAGGGAUAGUCAGAGAGAAAGUGUUCAAUCCUCCCAUAAAUCUGAUUCCUUAAAACGAGGCUCAGAGUCUUUCAUACCUCUGGAUUAUACAGCUGACUUAGAUCAAAUCACACCAACACCUAUAAAACCACCAAGAAAAUCUUUAGGCUUUGAAAGAAUCAAAUUAAAUUCAUUCAAUGAGUCAGAUAAUAAAACCCCGUCAUCGUUGCAGUGUAAUCGUUUAACUAAUAAUGAUAGUCAACAUGUUCGUCCACAUUCUAUGUUCAUUCCAUCUGGUGGCAGUAGCAGUGGGGGUGGUGGUGUUGUGGAAAUUGAACUGCCACAGAUACUUGCCAGAUUAAAACCUGUGACUAAUAAUGAAGUAGAUAAUCAUCAUCACAGUGAUGAUAACAAAGAUAAUGAGAACCUAUCGCCGGAUUCUUCUUCUGCUGCUGAUUUAACACCAUCACUUGUAUUCAUUCCGUGUAAAUCAGUUGUAGCAGAAAACGCUGAUAAUGAAUCUGAUGAUAUGAAGAAAAGUGUUAAUAAUUCUCCCUUGCCUAAUACAAAGAAACCUAUCCUAUUGGAUAUUCAAACAACUGGCAAUAAAUAUUCACGUAGUCCAAGUCCACAACCGAUAACUCUCCGAAAGCAUAAUGAAAAUAUUCAGUUAACCAAUGAUACUGAUAAACGUAAGUUCUUUAGCAAUGAUGAGCUCUUUAGAGAAGUGGAAAGAAACUCAAGGUGUUUUGAUUUAUUAUUAUUUUUGUUUCUUUGCAUCAUGGCACUUCAGAAUCUAGCAAAUGUGUGUGUGUGUUUGUGUACCUUGGGGAUAUGUGCUUGUAUCAUGCAUUAUUUGAUUGUCCUUACUGAUAUGAUUCUUCCUUUCUGCGACUGAGUUUUUCAUGAAUAAUUAUAGUAAACAAUCUCUGUGAUUGGGGUUUAAAAUUUUUUUUUCAAAACAUUCAGUUAUGCAUAAUUGUUUGGUGAAUCUUUUAAGUGAUUUGAUUUAUUUGCAUGACAUGAUCUUUCUUAUAAUGAUUUUCAUCCUGUUGGUUGAUGGUUACCGAUGGUUUAAUCCAGGACACGUUUUUCGUCCUAUUCGGAACUAGUCAGAUGGAUGUAUCUGCAUUCCCACUAAGUAAUGGUGUUCCUACUGAGACUCGACUCCAGUUUCUAACAUCAAAGUCUUUUCCGCAUAGCCAUGAGAGUUUUAAAUAGUGGGUGUCGGGUCUCGGUGGGAACACUAUCACUCACUUGGGAUCCAGGCACGUGCAGCUGAUAAAUUCCAAGCAGGACAAAAUGGAGUUAGGUGAAGUCGUGUCCUUAUUUCCCUCUUAUCCUUAAUAAUGGUGGAAUUAUGUCGCAUGUUUGAAUUGAGAAGAAUUAUCCUGUUUCUCUUUCUGAGAUUAGGAACCACGUGAAUCACUGCUUGACACAGGAAAUAUAUAACAAGGUUAUCGAAGAUACGACUAAUUUCUUGUAGGUUUGUUAGAGCUUGGUUCCCUGAACAAAAUAUGAGCAACACUUACUAUGUGACAUUUAACGACAAUACUCAGUUGCCUGAACAAACGUGAGUAAGCGGAACUAGGACCUGUGACCUAUUGUCCGAAAGUCCGGUAAUAUUUAAGCCAUUGAGCCUCAUCUUUACCACUUCUUGUGAGAUCAUUUGGGUGCAUUAUUCAGUUCUUGUUGCUUUGAUGUUUGAGUGAAUAGGUUAUUUCGGGUUAGACAACGGGCUGGUAUCAGUUAGAGAACCAUUGAAAACCAGGGAGUACUGGACAACUGUUUCAUCCUAAUUUGAGACGCAUCAUCAGUACGCACCCAUUGGGUUUCGAACCCAGAGCAUGCUCGUACAUCACUUAACCACUGUGAACCGACUCAAUGGCCCAUGAAUUCUAACUUUUAACAAUUCAUGAAGGUCCUGGAUUAAAAACCCAGUGGGUGCGUAAUCGUGAUGAGUCCCAGACUAGGAUGAAAUAGCUGCCCAUUACUCCCUGGUUUUCAAUUGGUCUCUAAAUGAUAUCGACCCGUGGUAUAACCUGAAACAAGUACCAUCCGUACAAACCAAUUCUUGAAAAAUGAAUAGGUUAUGUCAAAUAUGAAUCUAGGGGGGCCUUAAGUAUCUUCAUGAAGUAAUACAUUUUCAGGUGUUCACUAUGUACAUCUUUGUUAUUGAUUUCAACAUCUUGAAAUACCUAUCGACUUACUCAGUACGUACGCUCACAAUAGGAGCAGAUUGGAAGAGAUGAAACUAUUCUGUUUUUCAGGUGUGUCUAUCCUUAAUAUAAUCAAUCCGUCUUGAUCACGAAAGGAUAACAAUCGACAGUAAACAUGAAACCAAUAAAUGAUAUCAGUCGUAGGCUUUCGCAUCUAUUUUAUCAUAACAACGUAAUGUUUAUCACAUGACUGAAUAUUUUGGAAAAAUAGAAUGUAGGAGGUUUUGAAUAUCUCUUUAUAAGUCUCUUCAUCAUGUUGACGUAAUAAGUUGUGUUGUCUAAUAUGAAGUUUCUGAUUAACUAAACUAGUGAAAGUCUGCAAUAGAGUUCCUAACCUAAUACUGAUAUACUGAAAGUUUAGUUCUACCUUCAGUAAGCUACAUUUUCAUAUUCAAAACAGAAAGUUGAUCAAGCAUUCAAUAAUUCGAUAGAUAAAAUGAAGCAAGAAUUAGUCAUUGAGAACGUUGGUACAUUUUCAAGUUGUUUUUCUUUUUUUUUAUGCCUUUAUCAGAAUAUUAGGAAUGAAAUGUGAUGACAGAAAAUGCUAGAUUUUUGUCCAAAUUGUCUAUCCCAUCCAGUGAGGGUGUCGCAUAUUAGUUUAAUAAAUUAACCUUCGACUAAUAGGUCGUUUGUUAGAGUCCUAGCCCACCUACUUCAACCUGAACAACUAGAUGGUACUAUAGUCAUCCCCCCGCACACAAUAUUCGUGGCUCAUAGCCUGGCAUGUGAAAAACAUGGUCCAGUUUACUGAGUUGUAACCAACCAAUUUUCACAUCCUCUGCUGUAUGGGAAUUUUUUGUGAUGUCAGUCUAUCGUUGUUGUCAAUAAUUGAAACAAAUUAAUGGGAAAUUAGUAAAUUAGCGCAAAUGAACACAACUAUUUAAUUCAGUUUUUCUAACGUUUUAUUCGAACAAAUGAAUGAAUAGUGUGCAUUUAUUUUCAAAUUGUGAACCGAUUAGAAGGUAGAUGAACCUAUGGCCUUAGUUUAUUUGCUAAUAUUCCUUAUCACCUGCAUCAAGAUAAUUAAAUUACUCAGCGGUUAAUUCAUCUUGGUAAAGUUCAUGUAUAUCUUAUACACAUAUGUAGUGUUUUUAUGAUGUUCAGGACAUAUAUUACUAAGGUUUAGUGGAUUAAGAUAAGGUGAAGAUCAAAUUGAUUGUUUUGACCAGUAAAUUACUACCUAACAUAAACGACUAGAGUUUCCCUCUCUUCCAUUGUCUCCCUCAUUUUAUUCUAUGAUUAUUUAAGUGUUGUGUUUGUAGGGAUUUGAUUGGUUUCACCACGCAGUGACGUUAGCUAGAGAACUAUUAAAAGUCGGAGAGUAUUUAACCUGUAUUUCGUCCUUGUCUUGGAUUGUUCAGCUGUACGUGUACAUGACUCCAUGAAGUAUCGAACUCAAAGAUCUUCAAGUUACAAGGCGAACUUGUUCACCAUUCUACUACUUGAACAUAAUUCUGUAGCACAUGAAUCCUAACUCUUGCCAUUUCAUUAUACAGAGAUCCUUUGAUUAGAUAUUAAGUAGUAGCUAAUGUAAUGCGUCUAGGCCUUCGUUCGGUGUAGACUGAAUUCCAUCAGUCUGUCUAAUAUCCAAUCAAUGUAUCCAUUACAGUCCUGUAGUAGGUCAAUCUUGAGCAUGAAUAGCUCAUUCGUAACAAUAUUUUCCACGUUGAAAGAAACAGUUGUUCAGCGCAUCUCAAUUUCUAGUAAUAUUCCAGUUGUUGUCGUUGACUUUUUUUUGUUUCUUUCCUCGCAAUCCAAGUGGAAAAUAAGGCUUCAAGCUUUUGAAGUUUUUUAGUAACGAUGAUGUUGCUGACCACACGGUGAAUCUUCCUUUUCUCUUCCUGGGUUUACUAUCGGCUAGUCAGGAUUUAGGCAUACGUUGGUUGGCAAUCGAACCUGGUAUUCUUUCGUGAUUCGUUAGUUGAUCUAGGCAACCAAAAAUCCAUCUGAACUUAAUAGACACUUUUGUUUUAAAGAUAAUUUCAAAUAUUUAUAUUUUAUGAUGAUGAUGCUGAUAGGACUCACCUUUUUUAUAAAUUUACAUUUUAAGCACAUUACAUGUAUUAGAAUGGACACAGACAUUAAAUUCUGGCGUAUUUGUUACACAUAUUAGUUUUGCAUGUACAUUUUUGAAUUUCUCAAGUUUUAUGUACGAUUUGCAUACCAGUAUGUCAAAAAACCCAGGUGAUAAUGUGUGUUUAGUAAGUGGGUUAGUUCUUUUAUGGCACUGCAUGUGAUUCUCCAUUUGAAACCUUUAUAAUCAUGUAUGCUGGUAUUAACGAAAUAUGAAUAUAAAGAUGAUGAAGUACUAUGCAUGCUUAUUGUUUCUUCUCUUUAUACUUAUGAUUAUUUGUGCGUUCGCCUGCGUAAAUGUAGUACGUAAGUAUUAUAGACACAACUUUAAUUUAUAGGUGAUUAUUAUGCAGUUUUGAGUAAUGCCUAUCAGUGAACUAAAAACUAACCUCAUGAACAAACAUAGGAUAUAUAUAUAUAUAUAUAUAUAUAUAUAUAUAUAUAUAUAGUGAUUAAUUAGAUAGCGCUUAAGUGGUAGGGUGCAUUUUCAGGGGGACAUGCGUGCGUGUCCUUUGAGCAUUCGUCGACAUAGAGACUACAUUAAUAUGUGAAAGCUCUGAUGGUAUUAGAUGGUUGGAGGCAAUCGGCAGGAAGCCUUGGACAUGACUGAUGGAAUUGAGUCUACACCAAUCAGAGGACUAGACGUAUCACAGUAGUUACUAGUGUCAAAUCAAAAUAUGUGAAAGCUCUAUUACCCAUACUAUUAUGAUUAGAGCAGUAUAUGGUAGUUAUUCAUAAUAAUCACUAUUCACUAAUACGAUAUGAUGAAGCGUCGGUAGCACAGAGGUUAGGACUCUCGCCAACCAUCCAAAUGGUCGGGGGUUCGAUCGCCUGCCGACCCACACUUGAUAUCCAUGGUCGGUCUGGAGAUUUUGGGCUACCGAUAUCACAUGCUGAAAAUUCCAUGCUUGUACCAAAAAUAUGGUGUGAAAUCAAGCUAUAACCAAAAAAUAAAGAAAGUAAUCUUCAAAGGAAAACCUACAUUUAUUUUUAGUUUAUUUAUUUUUUGGUAUCCUAAACAUGGAUUUUGUUUUCUGCGAUACUGGUUAAUCAAAACAUUCCUCAGUCUAUAAAAAAACUUUUUUUUCGAGUUCAUUUCUUCCUUCACGGAGAUGUUGAUCAUUUGUUUAAGCAAUCGAUUUACAGCCAAUACGUCUGAGAUUUGAAUCCUACUCGAGAUAAUUCACCCUAGCCUUUCUCGAUGGAGAAAGUUAGAUGACACUUGGUUGGUAUAGAAAAAAGAGUUAUAAGUGGUCGGACCAGAACUUUUCAUUAAGUCUUUGACAGUUGGUUUGAGUGUCAUAGAGGGAGGUGUAGGUGGCCAUUUUGGGUUGCUGGGGAUUCCAAAAUCCACUGGCUUCAGAUUAUUAGUGAUAUGGCUUAAAAUCGUUGUCAGUAACUCAGGUGGAUUCAUUCUUUGUGAUCGCCCAUAUCGUUUAAACCCUCAAUUUUCUUUUCCUCCAUGUUACUAUUCUUUCUCUUGCAUAUUACUGCUCACUAUAUUUCCUUUGAGUCUCUUUUCUUCUGGCCAUUGUCUACUUUUGUGCACUGUAUGGAGUGUGGUAACGUGAACUAAUAUAUUUCUUCUUCCUUCCAUCCUUCUUUAAGAAUUACAUAUGUUAGUUUUAAUCUUGCCUUUUUAUAAUCAACUUUGCAUACCCUAAAAUUCAAGUAAUAAACAAGAAAAGAAGUGUAAUCAUAGCAUAUGUAUAAAUUUGCCGAAUUAGCGUGCCACACAACGAGUGAGUGGAUAUGAUUUAUCACUUUAUUUUGAUUGGGGGUGAAUAACUUGCAUUUUUGUGAUUUAUGAUCACCACCAUCCAUUGCAUGAUACUCUCAGUUUAUUAUUAUGAUCAAGAUAUCUUUACUGGCUCGGAUAAAGCGUGACUUAUAAUUCACUUCUAUUAUCUUACUGCCAUAAAAAAAAUCAAAAUCAACAAAGUGUAUAAAGACACUUACACUGUUUCCCCUGUUUUUAAAAACCUUAUUUGAUUGCGUAUAGAGGUAUCCAACUAUGGAAGCAUAAAUGAAAUUACGUUAGGCAAUAAAAAUGCUUGUUCGUAUGUGUGUGCAUAAUUGCCAGCAAAACUGUGGAGUAUUUAUUUUUUUCACUUCAUAAGCAUAUAUAUAUAUAUGCAUUGGAUAUUUCCGAUUCACUAAGCGCUGUCGUUUUGUUUUCCUCUUUACUGUUUGCAGACUAAACCAAAACCUGAGAAU